GUAAUUAAUGGGAUUUCCACGCGGAAAUUUUUACAGCAAGCUUUUAGGGAUAGACGCACACGGCGAUGAUAAGAUUACGCGCGGUUGACGCGGGACCACCCAAGAGAUCAGGUGUUGUAACACGCGGUCGCGAAAGCCACGAGAGUAGUCGCUUCGGACUCCUCAGUCUCUCGCUCUCGUAUCUCAUCGAUGCAAGAAGGAUGUCCGACGAGGAGUGCCCACCGAUUUCAAUCUCGGAACGAAAGCCACCCUUCACGCUGGCGAAAUACGUACCGGUGCUCGGGUGGCUACCGCGAUAUACCCGGUUAAAGGCCGUGUCGGAUCUUAUAGCGGGCAUCACUGUGGGUCUGACUAUGAUCCCUCAGAGUAUGGCCUAUGCGGUAUUGGCUGAACGGAUUCCGCAGUAUGGUCUGUACUCUUGUUUCGUCGGCGGUUUUCUGUACGUUAUCUUUGGAACCACCAAGGAGGUCUCGAUUGGUCCAUCAUCCUUGAUGGCUCUUCUGACGCUGCAAUACACGCGAGACAUGCCGCAGGAUUUCGUAAUACUCUUGUGUUUUCUGGCUGGAUGCGUAGAAUUUUUAAUGGGCGUGUUAAAUCUAGGCUUCCUGGUGGACUUCAUAUCGGUCCCGGUAACGUCGGGUUUCAUGUCGGCCGGGGCGCUUAUUAUAAUAAUCGCUCAGCUACAAGGUCUUUUAGGAUUGAAGCAUAAAUCGGAAAAUAUCGCUGACAAUCUGUACAAAAUAGUUCAGAAUAUUAAUAACGCUCGGCCGGCCGAUUUCACACUCGGAAUUUUCAGCAUCGCGUUUCUCCUGAUCUUCAGAAAACUGGAAAAUUGUCCUUGUGCGAAAGGCAAACGAGACGCUCCCGGAAAUGCAACGAUAAAAAAAGUAUUUUGGUACUUGUCCAUUGGUAGAAACGCUCUCGUUGUACUUAUAACAGCCACGAUAGCGUAUCAAUUCGAAGCGUACACGGGAUCCGUUCCAUUCAGACUCUCAGGAAAGAUAGAAGCCGGCCUUCCCAAAGUGUCGUUACCACCCUUUUCGUCGCAAGUGGGAAAUCAAACUUAUACAUUUUUCGACAUGUGCGCUCAUUACGGAUUAGGACUAGGGAUACUUCCUGUUAUAUCCGUCUUGGCGAACGUAGCAAUAGCUAAAGCAUUUGCGAUGGGCGCCUCUGUUAAUGCGACGCAGGAAAUGCUAGCCCUCGGUCUCAGCAAUAUAAUCGGCAGCUUCGUGUCAUCCCUGCCAACCGCCGGUGCAUUUACCCGAAGCGCAGUUAGCAGUGCCAGCGGAAUACAAACGCCUAUGGCCGGUUUAUAUUCCGGUACUAUGGCAUUGAUGGCGUUAAGCUUUUUAACGCCGUACUUUUAUUACAUUCCACGCGCAACGCUAGCGGCGGUGUUGAUAAGCGCCGUGUUGUUCAUGAUUGACCUGAAGAUCAUAAAAUUACUCUGGAGAGGAAGUAAGACGGAUGCGAUCGCGGCGAUAGGGACCUUCGUGCUCUCCGUCGUUAUCGGCAUCGAAAUCGGACUCCUUCUGGGUGUCCUCUUCAACCUGAUUCUUUUUAUCCGACUGUCCGCGAGAGUGUCGCUUCAAACAAUCAACUGCAAGACUCAUUUGGGAAAUAAAUACAUAAUGUUAAAACCAGAUGCUUGUCUGCAUUAUCCCGCUGUAUCUACCUUCUGCAACAAAGUCAUGAGUUUAGCUGGGAACGCGGUACCGUUGAUCGUCAACUGCGAAAGAUUUACCAGUCUCGAUUAUACUUCAAUCAAGGGUAUCGAGACGCUAUCAAAAAGAUUGAACCGUGAUAGAAACCAGUUCUGGCUGUUGCAUCUUAAUUUCGACGUCGUGAAAAGUUUCAACGUUCUCGCCGACAACGAGUACAUUCGUUUGAUCGAGAAAAAAGAGAGCAUCGCGGAUAUUCUUUAUGACAAUGCUUUAUCCAAUAAAGAUUCCGAAGAUCCGCUUAAUGUCAACGUGAAGAAAGCAACGGAGAUGGAAAGGCUGAGUCGCGGAGAUCUCUCGUAUUCGAAUUCGCGACGAAAGGAUUCCGAAGUCAACGACGAAGAAUUGACCUUAGCGCCGCCCGAAUGUCAAAUACAACAAUAACUACAAACGCGACUGCGUUUCCACUUAAUUUAGCCUGUUGAUUAUAAAUGCGAAUAAUAGUAACCAUCCGACGUCAAGUUCUCGAAACAAAAGCGUUUUAGAUAGGGCUGUCUACAAUUUCAAAAUAAAAGCUUUUUUUACAUUA